UAUACAGAGGGGGAACGACAUCACUUAUCCACAACACAUUCAUUCACAUAAGGGAGAGCUACUUUCAGAGCUGAGCUCGAAUGGUCAGCUCUGCUUGCCAGAGGAACAUAACUUCUUGUUGAUAUUUGCUUAGUCACGCUUUCAGAACAAGGUUUUGUACUACCCAGAGCGCACAAUGAGUGUUUUCUUUUUCAUUUUUGAGGUGAUUCUCAUUUUGUAUCAGCUUGGGAGGAAUCCGGCCAGUGCUGGAAUGUGCUGGCUGCAGCAUAGUCAAAACCAACGAUGCAACACGGUGCUGAUGAGAGGGGUGACCAGAGAGGAAUGUUGUGCUGGAGGUCAUCUGGACACAGCGUGGUCCAACACCAGUCUGCCCAUGAAUGAGGUCCACCUGCUGGGCUUGCUGGGAAUUGUUUCCUGUAAACCAUGCAAAGAGACUUGUGAAGGAGUCAAAUGCAGUCCCGGGAAAGUGUGCAAAAUGAAGAUGAGCAGGCCACAGUGUGUGUGCUCUCCAGACUGCUCUCACAUUUCCAGGAAGCAUGCUGUGUGUGGCAGUGAUGGGAAGACAUAUAAGGAUGAGUGUGCUCUUCUGACUGCCCGCUGCAUGGGACACCCAGACCUGGAGAUCAUGUACCAGGGGGAGUGCAAAAAGUCAUGCUCCAACGUGGUGUGUCCAGGAACUCACACCUGUGUGACUGACCAGACUAACAGCGCUCACUGCGUCAUGUGCCGCACUACACCUUGCCCAAUACCGAUUUCGUCUGAGCACCCCAUCUGUGGUAAUGACAACAUCACUUACUCUAGCGCCUGUCACCUCCGUCGGGCCACCUGCUUCCUAGGCCGCUCCAUAGGAGUCCGCCACCAUGGCCACUGCAACAAUCCUCCUCGGAAAGCUUCAGAUUUUAAGGGCAGUGAGGAAAAUGCAGUCUAGGCGGACAGCUCCCCACACAGCCCAUUACAAGGGAUGAGUUGCUUAACAAACAAGUGUCACACCACUAGUUUCCCGUGAUGACCUCUUUUUUGACAAUCACUCCUCCUCCUCCUCCUUGUAAACAGAAUGACAGUACAUUUAAUAUGGAAGACCUCGGUUGGAAGACACUUAAACCUUAGUGUCACUGCCUCAAAAAGAACUGCAAAACCUUUCAAUAUGUAUUAAUCUUGUGUACGCUUGAGAGGUAGAGGCAGAUCAAUGCAUGUGUCUCAAGAUAUAAAUGAGCUCUUUGGGAGAUGUGUGCAUAUUGUAAAUAGAAUAUCACUACUAUUUAUUGGAGAUGAUAUCAAGCUCUAUUUAUGUUUUAUCCUAGCAACAAAUCCAUAUAUCCUCCGGAAAGGUGAUGCAGAAAAUGUAUUUAUUGUGUGUUGUUUAUUGUGUAUAUACAAUGGCGGUCACUUGCAUUGGCAUUUUACAACUUUUUACAGUUUUUACAGUCUGCAUUCCCCAUGAACAAACAGUUUUCCCUCCUAAGCUGAUGGAAAGCAAUGCUAGUUUGUUUGGAAAGUUGAUUCCACGUUAUAGUGUGGUUUCAGAACACAAACAAGAAGGGGACAACUACAGUUGUUCUGUAUGUACCCUAGCUUUUGUCUGGGAGGUGAGGAAGGGGUUCAGCCUAAACAAACCUGUAUAGUCUCACUCCCUCUCUCCCCCCUCACACAUGUUUACUCUGGAUGUUGAUCCAAACUCUCAGCCACCCACUGUGACCACUAAAAUUAACAGUUUGGUUGUGUUUGUAGGAGUCUCAGAGGACUGCUGGUUCAACCCCAAGCCCUCUACAAUACCUCCUCUGUUGAACAAUUGGCUUUCUUUGUAAAUGCAUUUUUGUAGCUCAUACUAGUUCAGUCCGAUGCUCUUUUGCUGCUUUGACUGGAUUAUUUCUUCUUAAGAGCUUAAUGGACAGACAACUGUAAUUAGCAUCGUCUGAUUAAAAUGGACCGUAAUUUCAGCCAGUUGGAACAUACGUGGCUACAACACCUUAGAUAAGUCGAUUUGUUCAGUUUUUACACUGUUUAAAUGGGUAGAUAUCAAUACAAAAGGCCAAGUAGUCCAAUUUAAAGUCAAAGCAGAUGUGUAGAAUAUUUUGAAUAGUCCUUAUAGUGUAAUGUGGAACAUUUUAAUGACUCUCCUGUAAUAAACAAUCUCAUGUGUAUCUACUGUGAAAUUUGAAUGAUAAAUGCAUCAAAAUAUUUUUGUAUUUUUGUACUGCCACUUCAAA